AUGGCCGUGUUCCUGAUGCUCUUGCUGCUGCCCUGGUCCGCUGGUGGGGCGGCGGUGUGCAGGCACUGCCCAGGACCAUUGCAGAAUGGCUCUGUCGUGGCCCAAUACUGCGCAUCCCAGGCUGGCACCAAGAGUGAGGGACGCUGCUGCUGGGAACAGGGGACCCAUCCAGAGCGACUGUUGGGGCUGGACCUGAGCAACUGCUCCCUAAGCAGUCUCCCACCAGGGCUGGAUGAGGCUACCACCACCGUUGUCCUGGACCUGACAAAGAACCCACUGACACUCCUCCCCAACAGCUCCUUCUUGGGCUUCACCCAACUGCAGACCCUAGUGGUGCCACUGGCACUGAAGUGCCCGGGUGGGAACAGCGCCUGGGAGGAGGUGACGACGAAUGGGAGUAGUCGGUUCUGCCAGGGUCAGAGGAACCACUGCAACAGUUCUAAGGAGCUUGCCUGGCUGUGCCCCGAGGAUGCUGCCUGUGCCCCAGAUGGCCCUGGCCUUGUCCAGUGUCUCUGCAAGAGCCCAUUCCAUGGCUACAAGUGCCUGCGUGAGGGGACGUUCCCUAUGCUGCUCUUCUGUGGGAUCCUGGGAGCUGUCACCCUGUCCUUGUCACUCCUGCUGUGGGGCACCCAGAGACGGAAAGCCAAGAAGCCCUAAGCAGGGAAGUGGGUCUGCACCAGUGCCACUGCUAAGGGUGGCAGGGGCUGUGGGUCCUGGGGGGCUCUGUGCCUGGGUGCCUGGCUCACUG